AUGGAAGAGAAUCACUACUACUACUUCGACACCCCGAGGGGCUCCUACUACUUUGACAACCGCCGUAACUUGUAUUCGGAAAGUGACGGCUGGAUGGGCACUUGCUCACUCGACCUAGACUCGAAUACUCCCUUCCCUCACUUCUGCAUUGGUGAUGCGAAAUACUGGUUCCAUAACGGCCUCUGGGUCCUCGGGUCUGACGAUAUGCUCUACCCUGUUGAGUUGUCGAUGGAAAGCAAGGACAAUGUGACAAACAUACUGGACGGCUCUGGUGUCCCGAACCCAGCCUUCGCGGCUGCUGGUGACCCGAGUUGGGCGGGGCUGGAACGUCCUGAAACUCAGGAUCUCGACAGUUUUCUGUCGUCUCUUGAUAGCUCGAGGGCCGAGGACAACAUUGGGAAAGUAUUCCCAAAAGGUGUUACCGCACAUGACCCCUCGACAGAAAAAUUCAUAAGCGCAGAAGCCAACAUUUGUGAGCCGGACCACACGUCCGACUUGUCAGUGCUCCCAUCGCAAGGAAUCAAAGAUCUGAUUUAUUUCGAGUAUCCACAAUUGCUGGCUUUUGACAAGACGCCAGCGCCCGAGGAUUGCACCUCCGUCACGCAGCCUCACUUGAGCCUCAGACCUCAGUUUGACUCUGGCCCCGCUCUGGUAGCUAUGUCAGUCUCCGACACAUGCGCCCUUGCAUCCAAGGAAAUAGCGAAAGCUAACGCACCGGAACUCAACUCAUACUCACUUCAACGAGCGCUUCAAGGUAACCCUCUCAUUACUUUUUCACCAAACACGCAACUCGCUAUCCCGCCUUGCAUCUCUUACCCUACUGCUGGUGAUACGGUACCCAAUGAUACGUCAUUGUUCGCUGCGAGUAGCCCUCCCUCGGACGUACCAGCCACUUGUGUAUCACAAGACCGUGUUGCCAAGCUCCUAAAAGCGCCCGCUGUGCGCCAUGUAGUAAAGAAACGCAAAGGAGUAAAGCAUCGGCGCUGCCCUGUUCGCAGUAAGGUCUUCCGCAGACCACCUAGCUUAGUCGAGCACAUCCGUGUCCACACCGGCGAAAAGCCGUACGGAUGCCCAUUUAUGGGGUGUACUGUCGCAUUCGCCACCAAGCAGAACAUGAAGCGACACUUCCUUGGGCACCAAGCCGGCCCACUGGAGAACUACACCCCUUAUGUAGGCUCUAUGCUUAUUUCAAGCUUUAUCUUCGGUUAA